AUGACACAUGCAGAUCGAGAGGACAACACUGAUACUGGCGAGUGGCAGUUGAGGACUACAGAUCUCAUUAGCUGGGCCUCACAGGUGGCGAACGGUAUGGACUAUCUUUCAUCCAAAAACAUUCUGCACGGUGAUCUUGCGGCCCGGAAUGUGCUUCUCUACUCUCUGAAGGUGAUCAAGAUAAGUGACUUUGGUUUAUCGCGAAAGCUGGAACGAGGCAUAUACAUUAAAUCAAGCGAUAGUCCCCUUCCAUACAAAUGGCUCGCCUUGGAGUGCUUCACAAAUCACACCUUCAGCGUAAAGACCGACGUCUGGGCAUUUGGAGUGUUCUUGUGGGAGCUGUUUUCGCUUGGUGCAAUGCCUUAUCCAGGUGUUACAGAUGGUAGGCAGCUGUUGACUAUGCUGCAAAAUGCGUAUCGUUUGGAAAAUCCAGUUCACAGCAACAAGGAGCUGUACGACCUAAUGCUGUCGUGUUGGUACGUCGCUCCGCAUCGUAGACCGGACUUUAGAGAAUUGGCCUCGGUAUUUAACGCAAUGCUGCCCAUGGAGUUGCGUGAUGUAAGUUGA